CACAUCGUGCAGUGCCUGCGACACCAGUUUUCCCUGCAAGCAGCGUCUGUUUAUUUUAGGGCAUCGAAAAUGAAAAACGUACGAAAGAAUUUAGUUAUUACAGUAUACCUAUACUACGAGUCGCCGACGAGAGGGCGAUCGCACAGGCAUUUCUAUGAUUUUUUUUACCAUUCCCGGCUUAAGAUGAGAUGACAAUCGCCAAUUGGCCUGUGUGAUUUUCAUUUCUAUAUGAGGAUGUUUUGCUCGCGUAUUUCUUGUUGUAACAAAUUCUGUUGUAGAGGACAGGUGCAGGAGUUCACCCACGAGUGAGACAGGUUUCUUCUAAUCUCAUCGCGACGACCAGGCCUCAAGCUGGGGAGAUCUCUCAGGCAUCUCGGACCGAACGUUAAGAUUGUUGGUUUACUGGACUUGUCUGAAAGAAUUUCUCAGCAAAUGGCCAUCACACAGAAACAGACACUUUUUUUUCCAAUUGUGUAUUCUCGCUAGGAGGAGGCUUUAGAAGAUCGAUUGUUUUACGUAUUGCGGGAUGCUGUUGCUGUUCCAGUUGCGGUUGCUAGUGUAAGUAACGACUUUGAUGUAUUAGGAGCAGUUCCAGUUGAAUUGUAUUUUACUUAUCAAGGGAAACGGCAAUAGAAUCGCUCCUGUUCGUCUAAGAAUAAGUAGAAGUAAACGCAGAUCUGCGCGAGCGCCGCCACCGCCUAUCCACGGGUUUGAUUUUACGCCAAUGGAAGUCAGGACGUACUAGUGUUAUUCUUAGCAAUUUCAAAAACAAGUAUCUAACAGUACCGCAACUGCGACGGGCGCUUUCAAUUCACUCAAUCAAAAAUCAAUAAAGAAAAAACACCCUAUCAUAGUAGGUUUACACCGAACGAUUAUUUUUUUGCCGGGGCGGUUCCCAUAUUAGCAG